AUGUCCUUCUUCCUUUCCAUUUUUCUCAAUAUUUCCCUUAAUUUUUUAUUUUCUCUUUACUUCUCCUCCUUUUUUCUUUUUCUUCUACUCUUUUUUCCCUUCCUCUCCACCUCUUCUUUUUUGAUUUUACUUUUUUGUUUUCUUCUCUUUCCUUUCUAUUUUAUUUUCUUUCUAUUCUAUUCUUUUCCUUCUAAUCUCUCUACCCAUUCUCUUUUACUUUUUCCUUUAUGUUACUUCUCUCUCCAUUUCUUAUUUUUUUUCAAUCUUACUUUCAUUUUAUUUUUAAGUACAUUUCAAUUCUCCUCUUCUUUUUUAUGUCACUUUUUUCUCUCUUUCUCUUUUUUUCAUUUUCUCUUGGCUUUUUUUUUCUUUCUUUUAUUAUCCUUUUUUCUGCUUUUUGAUUUUAUUCAAACUUUCUGCCAUCAUUUUUCAAGUUUUUUUUUUUUUUUUUUUAAACCAAAGCUCAUUUUUCAUUCUUUUAAUUGCUGUUUCUUUUUCUAUUUUAUCUUAGCCAAUUCUUUCUUCCAGUUUUACUCUUUCUCUUUCUUUCCUAAUCAAAUUCUGACUUUAUUCUUUAUGACAUCACUUCUAUACCUUUUAACUUUUUCUUUAUGUUUCAUUUUCUUUUUCACCUCCUUAUUCACAACUCAAUAA